UUUGUUAGCAUAAUUUUUUUUACUUACCGCUUACAAUCUCGAGUAUGUACAUUUUUCAAUUCUACGUAAAUAUUAUUAUUAUAAACUUAUGAUUCUUUGUAACGUUAAUAAGAUCACCACCGAAAGUAUGAACAAGUAGAAAUAAAUUAAAGUGUUUACCCUUCGUAAAGGACAAAAAUCCUUUACCCCUUUUAAAAACAGACUGGAGCAUAUUCGUAAUUCAGCUAAAAUGGCCCAUUCAUCGGUGGGUCCGGCUGUUAAACGAAAAGAAAUUUACAAGUAUGUAGCCCCAUGGCCCCUUUACAGUAUGAAUUGGUCGGUGAGACCUGAUAAAAGAUUCAGAUUGGCUUUGGGAAGUUUUGUCGAAGAAUAUAACAACAAAGUUCAAAUUGUCUCUUUAGAUGAAGAUAGUAGUGAGUUUACACCAAAGAGUACUUUUGAACAUCCAUAUCCCACAACAAAAAUUAUGUGGAUACCGGAUAGUAAAGGAGUUUUUCCUGAUUUAUUAGCCACAAGCGGAGAUUAUUUAAGAGUAUGGAGAGCUGGAGAACCAGAUACACGUUUAGAAUGUGUCUUAAACAAUAACAAAAAUUCCGAUUUUUGUGCUCCAUUAACAAGUUUUGAUUGGAACGAAGUUGACCCAAACUUAGUAGGGACUUCCUCGAUAGACACAACUUGCACUAUUUGGGGUUUGGAAACUGGACAAAUUUUGGGCCGGGUAAACUUAGUUUCCGGUCAUGUAAAAACCCAAUUAAUAGCACAUGAUAAAGAAGUUUAUGACAUAGCUUUCUCUCGCGCUGGAGGUGGAAGGGAUAUGUUCGCUUCAGUUGGGGCGGACGGUUCAGUUAGAAUGUUUGAUUUACGCCACUUAGAACAUUCAACAAUAAUUUACGAGGACCCUGCGCAUACACCAUUAUUACGACUUGCCUGGAAUAAACAAGACCCAAAUUAUUUAGCGACGAUUGCGAUGGAUGCUUGCGAAGUAAUCAUAUUAGAUGUAAGAGUACCUUGUACGCCAGUUGCAAGGCUUAAUAACCAUAGGGCGUGUGUUAAUGGGAUUGCUUGGGCUCCACAUUCAUCAUGUCAUAUUUGUACAGCUGGCGAUGAUCACCAAGCGUUAAUUUGGGAUAUACAACAGAUGCCUAGAGCUAUUGAAGAUCCCAUUUUGGCAUAUACCGCCGCCGAAGGUGAAGUUAAUCAGAUUCAAUGGGGGGCGACGCAGCCCGAUUGGAUCGCAAUUUGUUAUAAUAAAUCUCUAGAGAUUUUACGUGUAUAAGAAGGUAAAUUUAAGGUAGGUUAACAUUAAUUUAUUUUUUUGUUUAUUAUGGUAAGUAUAAGUUGAGGAUUUAAUAUAAAUGAUAUAUAGAAGGUGAGAUCAGAACCGGAAUUAUUAGCAUCUCCUUAAUCACAAUGUUAUUUUUUGAUAUACAGGGUGUCUCAGUGAGACCGGUCAUUAGACGUUUCUGUGGUUUUGGCCAAAA